CUGUUAAUAGUAGCAGAAGCAAAUAACUACAGCAAGUUUUUGUUUGGUGACAAGUCUUGAGGUUAAAAUACCAAUGCAAGCUGCAGGAGGUACCCUCCCAGAGGAUGUCCAGAGGCUCUUUGAAGAUGUUGAAGAUUACCUGGUGGAGGGGCUGCAGGAUGAGAACCUGAAUGCUACAGAGAAGAGGCAGAGGGAUGCAAUCUUGAUUGAUAUAAAGCAACUUAAAGAGAGGUAUCAUUUGGGAUUCCUGCCUGGUGCCGAGAGCAACUUUCAAAAGGCCACUCAAGAGCAAGGAGGCAUUCUAAAACAAGGUUACUUGGAAAAGAGAUCCAGAGACCCUAAAAUAUUUGGCUCUGAGUGGCAGAAGCGAUGGUGUGUCCUUGACAAUACGGCCUUCUACUACUUUGCAAAUGAAAAAAGCAAGCAACCAAAAGGCAUGUUUCUCAUUGAGAACUACCAUGCCCAGAUGGCUUUCCACUUGCGCAAGGAUUCUCGAAGAGAUUGCUGCUUCAGGCUGACCUCUCCUGGUAAACGUACCUAUGAGUUUACAGCUGUUAGCUCUGCAGAAGCCAUGGACUGGGUGGAUCAGAUCCAAUUCCUGCUUAAGGAUAUUAGGUCCUCAGUUAUCCCCUGUGAGGAAGACGAGGAGGAGGAUGACGAUGAGAAUAUCAAAGAAGAGGCCUAUGAUGACAUAGACAGUUUUGAUUCCCCCAAUGUGACACAUCAUCAGGAUACCACUUUGGACCUGGAGGAAGAUGAGGAUAACGGACAGAGUGACGACUGCAUUUAUGAAGUUCUUCCAGAUGAUGAACUUGGUUUGUCCACUUCAGAUGGCAGAGAAGAUGCUGGAAGCAUGGAGAAGACAGGACUCAGAAGAAAGUAUGUGAAUUACUAUCAAGGUCUGUGGGAUUGUGCUGGUGGCCAUCCAGAUGAGCUGUCAUUUCAGCGAGGAGAUUUGAUAUACAUCCUCAGCAAGGAGUACAACAUGUAUGGCUGGUGGGUCGGAGAGCUGAACAGCAUGGUGGGGAUUGUGCCAAAGGAAUAUCUUAUGCCCGCCUACGAUGUGGAAAUAUGAAUGGCAGAUAAGCUGGGUCUCAUCUCUUCCAGUCCCUUGCAUUGUUGACGCAACAAAAACACUUCCUAGAACCCCUCUUUGCUAUUCCUAAGAAAAAUAUGUGCACAUGAGAUGUCCACAACCCAAAUGAAAUCUGCUGCAGAAGCACAGUCUCCUCUCCUGUUGUUCCUUCAGCCUUUUCCAUUCUGAGAUAGAGUUCUUCACACUCUAUAGAGACUUUUGCUGUAGUACUUUUCCCUCACUUGGCACAUGCUCUUGUUCUGCAGAAGGUGGCCAGACAUUCCACAUACAUGAUGGUGGGGGCAGUACUUGCUUUUGCAGAACACUCAAUGGGGAAAUGUGUUGACAAUAUUUCAGAAUAAAUACUUCUGUCAUUU